AUUUAAAAUGCCCCCAUUUUUUUGACUUAAACCAAUCCGCGUAGAAAGCCGUUCCCCGCAAAUUCUUGAAUCCGCAGUAGCGUGGAUUUGACAGUGCACUGUCACCCUUCCCUCUGCGAAUGUCUCGUUCAAAUUGCAAUCGAUCACCGGGCUUAUUUUAUUACUAAAGCCACCCCCACUUAAUUCUACACAGGAGAUUUUUUUUCCCCCUGUGUGUGUGUGUGUAUGUGUGUGUGUGAGCCAAAUUCUCAAGCAAGAGACAGCACGUGCUUCUCACAAUACCGCGCUUUUAGUUUACAUUUUGCAUCCCCUUCAUGUGCGCACCGGUUUUAAACGCAUUGUUUUUGAUAAGCGCGCACUGGUGAGCGCAAGACACUGACUGCAGGAACAGAAGGUGCGAGAGACUGUUUGGAAGUCACACACACGAUGAGUGCGCUCGGUGAGGAAGCCGCCGGCGAAGCUUCAGGAUCGCAGGAGCAGCCCGAACCCGAGCCCGCCCCGGCCGAGCCAAAGAAGAGGGGACCGGGUAGACCCAGGAAGCCACAGCAGGAACCCACAGGAGAGCCUGUCCCCAAACGACCAAGAGGACGCCCCAAAGGAAGCAAGAACAAGGGUCCCUCCAAAGCAGCGCAGAAGAAAGCUGAGACCACAGGGGAGAAAAGACCUAGAGGAAGACCCAGGAAAUGGCCACAGCAAGUGGUCCAGGAAAAGCCCGCUCAGGAAGAAGAAGAGGAGGAGGCGGAGCAAGAAGAGGACUAAGCAACCACAGGAUUUUACCUCUACCUCAUCCAGCUGUCAGCUCUCUCCAAGGGAAAAGACUGCCUUGACCACUUAUUAUUGACUUCCCACUUUUGUUUUGAUCGUUUUCGUUUAUUUUCGUUUUUUCGCAUUGGUUUAUUUGGGUUCGGUUUCGUUUUGUGAUCAACACACACAACACCUCAGAGCGUAACCCGAAAAAAGACGCAAACGCAAACAAACAUCUUGCAGAUGACAAUUGGAGCCGCCUUGCUGUUUCCACUUCCCACAAAAACUGCUGUAAGCACAAAGGUGCAGGGGUUAAACACACAACAUGUGCUUCAGCGGUUCUUUGCGCCUCACACAAAACACACACACACACACACACACUCUUGUUGACUGAUUUUCCAGGCUACAUUGGUAAAGAAGAAGGUGAAACUGUCUGGUUUUGUCAUUCAGCAUGUGGUGCUUCUUAUAUCCGGGUGGAGCUUUAAAUGGACACACCCGUUCUCACAAAAACCUCCCCUCUCUACAGUACCGUACCACCAAAGACCAUUUUCCCUUCUCUGUCCACUUCAUUUUGAUGUUUUGACCAAAAUGACAGUGAGCUUUAAAAGUAUUUGCCUUAAAACUGCAAACAGAGCCUUAAACCUAUUAGUUAUUAGCUAUAAUUGAACGUGGAUACCUCAAAAUUAAUAUUCUGUCAUUAUUUACCCACACAAAACUCAUUGGACUUUGUUUCUUCUGUAGAACACAAAAGAAGACGUUUCGAAGAAUGUUUAAGCUGGUCUUUUCUAUACAAUUAAGUGAAUGUUGACCACGCUUGCCCUAGAAAGUACUUGAGUGAAUAACAACUUAAAGUGGAAGUGAAGGAGUCAGACAAGUUUACAUUAUUUAGUAAACCUUUUUCCACUUUAAAUAAAAAAUAUAUAACAAACACGAAUAAUGUAACUAUUUUAAAGAAAAAAGGAUGUUUUUUAUUGCUUUUAAAGCAAGGGCGUCGCUAUCUUGCAAUACCACAGUGUGUGACGGUACCAGUGAAGCAAUAUAAGCAUUUCUUUACUUUUAAAAAACGGAUAGUUCCGGUCCUUGAUUCUGAUUGGUUGAGCUGCAUUCAGAGCUGUUGUAAAUUACGCUACAAACAUACACCUUUGUUUACGUCUGUGUGUUGCUCGGCCACUUUGUUGCAACCACAACUGUUUCUGAGGAACUGUUUGGUGGAAGAAUAUUGUUUUAUUUCGUGAAACCUUGCUACGUAUAUGGAAUACCAUUUUAUAGAAGCAGUAAGCCCUGUGAAGCCGUGGUUUACAGUGAAUUUAUAACAGCUGAGGGGGUGCUUCGCGUCGUGCCUAACAACGCCCUUUAGCUGUUUUAAAUUCACUGUAAACCAUGCCGUCUUGGGGCUUAUUGCUUUAUUUGAACACAUAAAUGUUAUUUUAUAAAACGGAUAGUUCCAGUCCUUGAUUCUGAUUGGUUGAGCCACAUUUGAAGCUGUUGUAAAUUACGCUACAAACAUACAUCUUUGUUUACAUCUGUGUUUUGCUCGGCACCUUUGUUGCAACCACAACUGUUUCUGAGGAACUACAUUGUUUGGCGGAAGAAUAUCGUUUU